AUGGCCGACGCUUCCGAGGCCGUUCCACCCACGCGUAUCCGCAUCCUCACUCUCAACUGCUGGGGCCUCAAGUUUCUAUCCAAGUUCCGGCAUGAGCGUCUCUCGGAAAUCGGGCGACAGAUCGCCAUUUCCAAGGAACCUCCAGAGAUUGUCGGUCUACAAGAAUGCUGGACGCAGCAGGACUACAAGAGCAUCCGCCAGCAGACAAAACACCUUCUCCCCUACGGCAAAUUUUACAACAGCGGGGCGUUUGGAGGCGGACUAGCCAUUCUCUCCAAAUGGCCGAUCGAAGAAAGCAGCAUGUUUGCGUACCCGCUCAAUGGACGCCCGACGGCCUUUUUCAGAGGUGACUGGUAUGUCGGCAAAGGAGUGGCCUGCGCGCGCAUUCGCAUGGGCCCGAGGACGGAGGAUAUCGCCGAAGUCUUUUGCACUCAUUUGCACGCCCCUUAUGAGCGCGAGCCGCACGAUUCCUACCUUUGCCAUCGGACAGCACAAGCUUGGGAGAUUGCGAAGCUGAUGCGACGAGCUGCAGAGAGGGGCCAUUUGGCCAUCGGACUUGGCGAUUUCAACAUGGUGCCCAUGUCGUUUGCCCACCGGUUGAUCACGGCGCAUGCCCCUGUCAAGGAUGUAUGGUCGUAUCUACACCCCGAUUCGUCUCUAGGAAGUGCGGAUUCCGAGGCAGAGCGAAAGCGCGGCAAACCGGUACCCAGUGCAGACUUCAAUAUCACCGAGAAUGGCGCGGCGAGUGAUGGGCCAUACAACACAUGGCGCUGGUCCGAGAGCCAACAAAAGCGUCUUUUCAAGGGCGAAGAUAUUCCCGUUGAUGGCGAACAGCCUGACCCAAAGGGGAGGAGACUGGACUAUAUAUUUGUGGGAGACGGUGGCUAUCCACCGUCAUUCCCUGCGCCGCGCUGGAACAUCGACUCGGCCCAGGUCGCCAUGAUGCAACGCCAUCCUACACUCAAUGUGUCCCUGAGCGACCAUUUCGCCAUCGAAGCAGCCAUUUCCCGCAGUCCAGACCCAUCCGUCUCAGCCCCAGCUGAGCCAGCAAAGCGUGAACCCCAGAUCGAGUGCCCAGACGAUCGCGGCUUCGCCAUCCAAGCCUCUGCCGAAACACACCCAACAUCCGCUCCAAGCACCGCGCUCACGACUGAGACAUACGAUGAGAUAUUAGAACUCAUUGACAGAUACAUGAUCCGCGAGCGCUCACAGCGCCGCUGGCGCCUGGCGCAUUUUAUCAUAUCCGUAUUCGUUUCCAUUGGCUGCUUUAUCGGUGUAUGGUGGACGUCUGACGUGAUCUACGUCGCUUUUAUUUUGGUCUUGGUCAGCACGCUGAACUUUGGAGCUGGUAUCUUGGACGGCCUGAUCGGUGGGCUUUUCAUGUCGAGCGAGAUUCGAGCUCUAAAAGAGUUUAAAUGGGAGGUGAAGAAUGCCAGGCGGUUGGUUAGGGCUGCAGCAGGUGGAUCCAAGGACGCAACGGAUUUUGACGAGGAGGAAUUUUGA